CGCUGAUUUCAUUGUCUGAGGCGGCUGUGGAGACCCAGGAAAAAUCUCGCUGAAUCCGCCGGCUCCAGCACUGGCCUGAUCUGGGGCACCCCGAUCCCUUCCGUGUCCGCACCACGCCCGAGAUGAAUCUACGUUCUGUAUUUACUGUAGAACAACAAAGGAUUUUACAGCGUUAUUAUGAAAAUGGAAUGACAAAUCAAAGUAAAAAUUGCUUUCAGCUCAUAUUACAGUGUGCACAGGAGACUAAGCUGGACUUCAGUGUAGUCAGGACGUGGGUUGGCAAUAAGAGAAGAAAAAUGAGUAGUAAGAAUUCUGAAUCAGGAACAGUAACAACAGGAAAUGUUUCCGGUACCUCUUUGGCAGCUCCAGACAUUACUGUCAGAAAUGUGGUUAAUCUCACUCGGCCCUCAAGCCAACAGUCUUCUUGGACAUCUACCAAUAAUGAUGUCAUAGUAACUGGCAUUUACAGUCCAGCCAGUUCAUCAAGUAGACAAGGGACAACCAAACACACAAAUAUACAAAAUAUAGAAGCACAUAAAAUUCCCAUUCAGAAAACGGCCAGUAAAAGUGAUACUGAGUUUCAGUUGCACAUUCCGGUUCAAAGACAAGUAGCACACUGUAAAAAUGCUUCCCUACUCCUAGGUGAAAAAACAAUUAUUUUGUCAAGACAGACAAGUGUGCUAAAUGCUGGAAAUUCGGUAUAUAAUCACACAAAGAAAAACUAUGGAAGCUCUUCAGUGCAAGCUUCUGAAAUGACGGUAUCUCAAAAGCCAUCUGUUUGCCACCGACCUUGCAAAAUUGAACCAGUUGGAAUUCAAAGGUCAUAUAAGCCUGAACAUACAGGUCUGGCAUCACAUAACUUAUGUGGGCAAAAGCCAAGUAUUAGAGACCCUUACUGUAGAACACAAAACUUGGAAAUCCGUGAAGUGUUUUCAUUGGCAGUUAGUGAUUACCCCCAGAGAAUUCUGGGAGGAAAUGGCCCACAGAAGUCUAGUUCAGCAGAAGGAACUUGUUUGUCCAUUGCAAUGGAGACUGGUGAUGCUGAAGAUGAAUAUACCAGAGAGGAAGAGUUGGCGUUGAUGGGAGCACAGAUACCAAGCUACUCAAGAUUUUAUGAAAGUGGCAGUUCCCUUCGAGCUGAGAACCAAAGUACAAUUUUGCCUGGACAAGGAAGAAAUAUGCCAAAUUCACAAAUGGUGAAUAUUAGAGAUUUGUCAGACAAUGUACUGUAUCAAAAUAGAGACUACCAUUUGACACCACGGACCUCAUUGCAUACAGCAUCUACUACAAUGUACAGUAAUACAAAUUCAUCACGGAGUAAUUUUUCUCCACAUUUUACAUCAUCAAACCAAUUGAGAUUAUCACAAAACCAAAACAAUUACCAGAUAUCAGGAAACCUUACUGUGCCUUGGAUUACAGGGUGUUCUAGAAAAAGAGCAGUAAGUAAUCUCUCAUUUAAAGCAGAAAAUGGGUUUCCCCUUACUAUUAGUAGGAAUGUCAUUGAGAAAAUUGUCAUGAUGUUUAUGGACCAGGCAACAGUGCCAAGGAGGAUAUUGACACAAGAGCCGCCUGGAAUGUGGCGCCACUUU